AUGGCUGAGCAAAAAAGAUGUAACAGCAGUAAUAAUUUACUUGAUUAUUUCGAAAAGCAGACUAAACAAAUGAAAAAAACAGAUAUAAAUCUUACAUCAGAUGAAGAUGACAUUGUGCAAGUUGCCAAACCAGACUGUUGGGACCUCAAACAAGUGAAAUAUUUCUCUGAUGAGUACCAAUGGUUAUUUUUCAACGGAAAAAAUUUGGGCUGCAAGUAUUGUAAAAAUACAAAUUCAACAUUGUUAAAAUCUCAAGGUGUUCAUUGUGCGAAAGAAUGGAUUAAUGGUGAAGUAUGUGGUAUAGGAGACAAUAUGAGUAAGCAACAAGCUAAUUUAAGAAAAAAAAUAUGCAAGCACAGAAACUCCAAAGCUCAUAUACAUUGUGAACAGAUUAUUGAAAAAAGUAAAUUAGAUGUGAUACCUAAACAACUAAUGAAAUUAUCUGAUAUUGAGUGUAAGAAAACUGAGUAUAUUUUUAGAACAACAUACUACAUUGCAAAAAAUCAACGUCCUUAUAGUGACAUGCCUAAAUUAAUAGAUUUACAAGCAAAGAAUUCUUUAGAUAUGGGACGUAUACUGCAGAGUGAUAAAUCUUGCGCUAAUAUUAUAAAUCAUAUUUCAUCAGAGAUGAAGAAAAUAAUUUGCAAUGAUAUAGUUGAACAUAACACAAAAAUUUGUAUCAUUGUAGAAGAGUCAACUACUCUUAGUCAAAAAACCAUGUUAGUCAUUUGUUUAAGGACUGCAAUUGCUGAUAAUAAUAUUACAUUUUUUUUUGAUAUUGUGGAGUUGAGUAAUACAUCAGCAGACUCAAUAAAAAAUGCUAUUUUGUCAACUCUUGCAAUGUAUGGUUUAAUUGAUGAAUAUCUGAAAAACAAUUUUGUUGCAUUUGUUAGCGAUGGGGCUUCAGCAAUGUUAGGUAGAAUAUCUGGUGUUGGAACGCAGUUAAAAAAAAUCGCUUGGAAUUGGCUUCACCAAAAAACUCAAAUAUUUGAGUUGAAAAUGUGUGCUGCAUCUUUAGAGCAAAAUUUAAUGAAAAUUGGAAAAAUAUUUACCAUAAGAUGGGUUGCCUCGAGUGAGAAAACAUUGAAAGCUGUGUGGAACAAUUUUGAAGCAUUGAACAAACAUUUUUCUAAUUCUGCCAUAGAUAAUUUAAGAAACGGUAAAGAAAGAUCCAAAUAUUCAGGUUUAUUGAAAAUACUUGCUUCUGUAGAGUUUGUUGGCAAUUUAGGUAUUAUGUAUGACGCUUUAACUGAGUUAGCUGAUUUAUCUUUAUUACUUCAAGAUAGAUGUUUAAGUCUAUCAGAAGCAAAUAGUUGUAUUGAUCGAACAAUUCGAAUUUUUGAUUCUAUGGCAGAAAAUCAUGGACCCAAGUUUAAAGAAGUAAAUGAUGCAUUUGCCAAAUCAGAUGCAGAGUUUAAAAAUGUGAAACUAGCAACCAAUAAAUCAAUUCCAAAAAUCAUUUCAUCACAGUUUUUUAGAAGCCUUGCAAAUAAUUUAAGAAGUCGGCUGUUCACAACACAGGCAUCACAUAUGUCAUCAGUAAAUGACAGUCAAUUUAAAGAAAAGUAUACACAACUACUCAAAGACCUAGAUUAUUUAGAUGUGAAAAAUUGGCCAGAUGAUUGUGAUAUAAUGUAUGGUGAUGAAAACAUAAGAAGAUUAGCAGAACAGUUUCAAGUAGAUGAAGUUGCGUCUGUAAGAGGAUUUCGUGUGUUUAUUGAUACUAAGAAUAGUUCCACAGUACUCGAUUUAAAACCUUUAUUAGAUAUUAUAAAUACAGUAGCUAUAUCAUCAUCUGAGUGUGAGCGUGUGUUCAGUUCUAUGAAUAACAUUGUAACUCCAAAAAGAAAUGCAUUGUCAACCACAAACAUGUCAUCGUUGUUAUAUAUACAUUGUAUUGGUCCUCCUGUACACUUAUUUGAACCAAACCAUUAUGUUACAUCUUGGAUACGCAACGGUAAUAGAUCAGCUGACGAAGUAUGCGGUUCAAAAAGAAAUUUAAACGAUGAAGAACAUACUCAUAAAAAUAUGUG